GAUUGUGUUUUACUGCAUUAUACUUGUUGAACAGACCUUGAUAAGGUACAGUUCGCGUGUAUCGUGGUGUACACGGUAUUUCCAGUUGUACUCCAAACAUGAUUAUCAACAUCGGGAGGUGAAGGGUUAACCAGAGAAACUUUCUUGGUACUGCCGGGUGUCAUCUCAGGAGAACCAGGUCUUGUGGUGACUUCACUGGUACCGGUCUGACACUGUAUAAAACAAUGCCACCUCUAUGACCGACGCAUCUAAACGAUGCGUCUCCCCAACACCUCCGACUCCGGUACCGGAGGAGUUCCUCUGUCUGUGGACUUCGACAGUCCUGAAGACUAUUUCCUCUUCGUCUUUCAGGUUUUCUUCGCCACCACUGCCGUGUGUACAGCGGGCACAGUGGUCAUUGGCAUCCUGUCCACCAGAGCCCUGCGCCUCCAGAACCGGUUCGUGUUCAUGCUGAACACCAGCAUCAGUGACACGCUGGUGGGGCUGUCGGUGUACUACCUGGGCCUGUUCGACGUCUAUGAGGGCUAUCCGCCCCGGAACGGAACUCACAACGUGUUGCCUUCACUGCUGGGGGUGAACGUGUUGACGUUUUUGUUCGCACAGUUCGACAGGUACUUCGCAGUGUGUCACCCUUUCGUUUACAGCCGCUUCAUUACGCGUCACUUCGUCAUCGGUGUUAAUAUUUACUGCUGGAUCUACAAUGCCGCUCAUCUGCUGGCCAGGAACGUGCUGCCAGUAGCCAAAUCUUGGCAUCUGUACGUGGUCAGCAUCUUGCUUCUGCAGGCGGUCGUGCUGACCAAAGUGAUCAUGAACAUCAAGUUGUACGUGGUCGCAAGGGUCCAGCUGAAAAGAGACCCUCCCGGCGAGGAGAGAGACAGUAAAAGAGAGUCGCUGCGGAUAAUCAUUUUCGUGGUCGUCAUCUUCUUGGUGUUGUGGUCACCGUCGUUCGUGAAUAUUUCGAUCAGGUUCGUGAAACCAGCCGCAGGCCUAUUGUUUAGGAACGAGGCCACCAACGUGUUCGCCGUCAUGGCUCGCUUUAGCGCUGUGUGUACUCCUGCUGUUUACCUGUGGGGGAGUCCAGCUCUGAGGGAGGCCACGGUGAGGAACCUGUGGGGGAGACUGUGUCCGGGAUGCAGGAGGAGUGGACUCUUGUCAGGUAGCCGCAGAUAAGUCAACCUAACGGCCAUGGAAAUGAGAAGAACAUUCGAGAACUUCAUACUGACCCGCGGCUGCUCUCCACGGACAGCGACGGUAGUUAUAUUAACACUACCACAAUAACAUAAUAACACAAUUAGUAUUAUGUUAUUACUGUCAUUGUUGUUGAAUUCUGUUCAUUACGUUUUCUGUUUUGCGUAAAUAAAAAUUUGUAAAAAUAAUCAUAAUGGAAGAAUCUGGGCUAAACUGUGCUACAGCUAUAACUGCUACAACUUUAAUCAGCUUGUAAAAACAUUUAACAGUACCGGAAGUUUGUGUUUAUAUCUUGUUGAAUAAAAUAUGAACCUCACAAUCAAUAGAGCCACAUUAAUGAUGAUGUUUGGUGAAGUCACCACGUCCCCUUUAAUGUUUUUGUUUUGUUUUUUUAAUAAAACAUUUUCGGGAAUGAGCAGAUGCUGACAGUAUAUACGCUUCGAUAAUACAAUUCAUGAAAUGUAAACUACAGUACCAUGAUAAAUGAUUGUAUAAAGAUUCACUUAUGAUGUGCACACACACUCGCCAUUUAUAUGAAAACAAAUCUAUGUGAAAUAAAUAUAUUCAUUUGGACAACAGAAAAUUAAAAAUGUAUAUUUAAAUGCUCAGAUUGUCAUUUUUUUCUGUAAGACAGCUUUUUUGCUUAGUCUACCAAAAAGAAUAACAGAUAUUAUAUAAUAAUAGUCUUUGCAUCUUUUAGAAUCUUCAUUAGGUUUGCAAUAGAAAUGUUACCACAUUAUUAUUCUGCGAUAGAAAUUAAGAAAAUAUGAUUUACUUUUUUCACUGAAAAUUAAUAAUAAAUACCUGUAUAAUUUUCAGUGAAAAAAUCUUAUAUUUUCCUAAAUUUCCACUUCUUUUUUAUAUUCAGGAAUAUUUUACAACCUCCUUUAAGA